AUGGUGGAUGAACUGCACGUUUUCGAGAAGCGGAUUAGGACACUCAGUGAAUCAUCCAGAAGUGACGGAUCAAUAUCCCAAACAGAUCAAUCUGAAUCUUCGCCUCAGGAAGAUACUGUUGUAUCAAAUUCACCACCACAACCAACAAGAUCUAGAAAACAAAAUAUAAGAGAGCUUCGCGAAGAAUUUGAAGAUUAUCCGGAACUAUAUGGUAUACGUAGAUCUGCUCGAAGUCGUAAAGAACCAUUACGUUUUAAAGCAUCAGAGAAAGAAACAACUGACGCACGUUUACGAGAAAAGAGAAAAGGCCGUUUUCCUAGCAGUUCAGAUAGUAAUAACGUAACAGAUAGUGAAACAGACGACUGGAAUGAUAACAUUUCAGUAAGACAUCGUACAGUAAAAACAAGAGGAAAUCGUGUCAAUUACAAAAGUGCUUUUGUAGAUGACAGUUUUGAUGAAUCUAACGACGAACCAUCGGAACGAUCUAAUUCAAGUAUAUUUAAAUCAGUCAAUCAACGAACUUCAUAUGGCUCCGUGCCAAUACUAAAUCAACAAACAUGUUUUCAGAAGCCAAGAGGUCCUUUGGUUAGAAAGCCUUAUGCACCAGUCUUAACAAACAGAAAUUCAAAGUUAUCCACAAAAUCAGAAGAUGAUAGUAAUUUAGAUCAAGUUGGCUUAAAUGAACAAUAUUCAGAAGAGGAUGAAGAUGGUGUUGGUGGUGAAGUUAAUAGGGAACUUGAAUGGGUAGUUGAUGAUGAAGAAGCUGAUGUUAUUGAAGAAAUAUUAACUCAUGCGGUCCGACGUAAAGGAGCUACUGGCAAUCCUACAACCCUGUACAAUACACAAUUGGAAAAAGAUUUAAAUGCCGGUUUUAAUCCUAAACAGGAAGAUGGCGAAUUACAAUUUCUUAUUAAAUGGCGUAAUUGGAGUCAUAUUCAUUCCACAUGGGAAACUGAAUCUUCAUUACGUAAUCCAGAUCGAGGUGCACCAGUUGCUGGUAUGAAAAAGUUCUAUGCGUAUCAAGCCAUUAUGCGAGAAAAAAGUGAGCGUUUACGAUAUGUUGAAAGGGAAGAAUUAGAAACUGUGGCUUAUGAAGAAGAACGUGACGAACAACUUUUACAAGAUAAGAUGAAUGUUGAACGUAUAGUAGCACACAGCCGCGAUCCAGAUACAAAUACUUUUGAUUAUCUCAUUAAAUGGUUUCGUUUGGAUUACCGAUUCUGCACUUGGGAAUCUGGAAAAGUUAUACACUUACUCUAUGAAUCAGCAGUUCAAGCUUAUGAAACUCGUUGUAAUUCUACUACACUGCCCAAUCGAAAGUGUGAAGUACUUUAUACACGACCAAAAUUUCUUCCACUAAUGGAACAACCUUCUUACCUUGGCCGCUCAAAGGAACUUCGUCUACGUGAUUAUCAACUUGAGGGUAUUAACUGGUUGAUUCGUGCCUGGACACGUAGGAAUAGUGUGAUUUUAGCGGAUGAAAUGGGAUUAGGAAAAACUAUUCAGACUAUCGGAUUUCUUUCGUAUUUGUUUAAUGAACAUCAUGUGUAUGGACCUUUUCUUAUUGUUGUUCCAUUAAGCACUAUAUCAAGCUGGCAGAAAGAACUCCAAACUUGGGCACCAGAAAUGAACACUAUAAUAUACACUGGUGACCAUGUAUCACGACAAUUGAUUAGAGAACAUGAAUGGUCAACUGGAGCUUCAAAUAACAACAGACGCCAUCAAUCGUUAAAAUUCAAUGUUUGUGUAACCACUUAUGAGAUUUUGUUAAAAGAUAAAGGUUGGCUUAGUCAAGUAAAUUGGGCUUUUUUAGGAGUUGAUGAAGCUCAUCGUUUAAAAAAUGAUUCAAGCCAACUGUACAAAACUUUAAAGACAUUUGAAACAAAUACUCGUUUAUUGGUUACAGGAACGCCUUUACAGAAUACUAUGAAAGAAUUAUGGGCAUUGUUGCAUUUUAUUAUGCCAGAUUGUUUUCCAGAUUGGGAAGAGUUUGAACAGACCUAUAGUGUUUCUCCUGAUGAUCCAGCUAAUAAAAUGAAUAAUGAAGCAUUUCAUAAUCUUCACAAAACACUGAAACCUUUUCUACUUAGACGAGUGAAAAAAGAUGUGGAAAGUUCAUUACCGGAAAAAAUUGAACAAAUUUUACGAGUUGAUAUGACUAAAGAACAAGCAAAUAUAUAUAGAUUAAUUUUAGCACGUAAUUAUGAUGGAUUAUUAAAAGUAACACGUGGUCAUAAAGCUUCCUUUAUUAACAUUGUUAUGGAAUUAAAAAAAUGUUGUAAUCAUGCCCAUUUAAUUGCACCUCCAUCUGAAGUUGAUCAACAAUAUCAAACGAAAGAAGAUCGAUUACGAUCAUUUUUAAGAGGUAGUGGCAAAGGUACCUUGCUAGACAAGUUAUUACAACGUCUUAAAUCAAAAGGACAUCGAGUUCUCAUUUUUAGUCAAAUGGUUCGUAUGCUCGAUCUUAUAGCUGAUUAUCUAAGUUUACGUGGUUGGGGAUUCCAACGCCUUGAUGGAUCAAUAAGAGGUGAAGUACGUAAACAGGCAUUAGAUCAUUUUAAUUGUGAAGGUUCAACAGAUUUCUGUUUUUUGUUAUCUACACGUGCUGGUGGUCUUGGUAUUAAUCUAGCAACAGCUGAUACUGUCAUCAUAUUUGAUUCUGACUGGAAUCCACAAAAUGAUCUACAAGCUCAAGCACGGGCACAUCGUAUAGGUCAAACUAAACAAGUAUCAGUUUAUCGUUUUGUUACUCGUGAGUCUGUAGAAGAGAAAAUAAUUGAAAGUGCUACACGUAAAAUGGUUUUAGAUCAUUUAGUUAUUCAAAGAAUGGAUGCAGCUGGCAUUCGUAGUGGUCGACGUGGGGAUACAGCUAAAGGUCAUUUACUAACUGAAAUUCUUCGUUACGGUGCAGAAGGGUUAUUCAGACAAGCAGACGAAGACGCUACAGAAUUGGAAGUUGAUAUUGACGACAUUCUCAAUCGAGCGGAAACACGAGAUACAGAAGCUACAGUAGAAUCCAAUCCAGCUAACGCUUUGCUUUCUUCAUUCAAAGUUGUAAACCUGGAUGCAUUGGAAGAAGACGUUGAUAUUAAAAAUGGAAAAGAUUCAUCAAAUUCACUGAAUACAGGGUGUGAAAAAACAUGGGAUCAAAUUAUUCCCAGUGAAUUUCGGGGACAAGUAAAGGCAGAAGAAGAUCGAAAAACUUUAGUCGAGCUUGAGUUGGGCCCACGACGUAGGCGUCCUGUAAAAACUUUUCAAGCAGGACUAAGUUGCAAUCAAUCCUCUUCAGAGGCGUCUGAGACUGAAGAAAACGACAAAGUUUCUCCAACUCAACUUACUGAAAAAGAAAUCCGCGCUUUGGUUCGUGCAAUCAGACAUUUCGCGCGCCCUCUAGAACGUAUUGAUGCAAUAGCAGCUGACGCUGAGCUUCCUGAUCAUUCUGAGUCUGAACUCCGUGAGGUGGUAGAUGCUGUUCUAAAAGGUUGUCGAGCGGCCAUGGAAGCGACCUCUAUUAAUUCAAAUGAAGAGUCUCAGAAACAAGCGACUGGCGGUAAAGGGCCUGUAUUUCAAUAUGGUCGCGUUAGUGUGGCUGCAAGACCCUUACUGCAAAGUCUAGAGUAUCUAGAAACUCUUCACUUGUGUCUACCUGCUACUAGCAAAGAAGCGCGUAUGUCGUAUAAAUUACCAUUUUCUCCUAAAUUAGUCGCUUGGUCGUGCAAUUGGGACAAUACUGAUGAUGUUCGACUUUUAGCGGGAGUUUAUGAGCACGGAUAUGACAAUUGGGAAACAAUCAAACUAGAUGCCGACUUAGGUCUAGGCUCUAAAUUGCUCCCAGUUUCACAAACAGAACGUCCACAAGCCAAUCAUUUGCGGUCACGUGUAGAUUAUCUUUUAAAAAUGUUAGCUAAACGUCAGUCAUCAAUCAGUAAAAAUACUGAACAACAGGUGGCUACUAAAAAAAAGAGAAAAGAAGAUAAGGAGUCAAACAAGUCCAAUCAAAAAACUAAAACUGUCGCUUCUAAACCAAAUGUAAAACAUACUACUAAGCCUAUAUCUACCUCGACUAAUUCGAUGCCUAAAUCAGCAGAAUUUGUAGAAACUGACGACUCGUCGUCGGAAUCAGACAACGACGAAUAUAAUGAUAAAGAGGAGGACGGUGAUGCUGAUAAUGAUACUAUACCGAAUCUACUGUCUAAUAAUGCUAAACAAUCUAGGAAAUCUACAGUCAAAUCCAAAACAAAAUCAAUCAAAAUCAAAUCUGAGAAAAAGGACAAAUAUAUUUCAGAAUCAAAACCUCCUGCACUUCUUCCUGUUUCAUCUAUUCAUCAAGAGAAUUUAUCCGAUACAUCAACAUUGCUGUUUACAAAAGAGGAAGAAGAUGAAUUUCGUAAUAUGCAGGGUCCAAUUUUUGUAAAAUGUAAAAAAAAAUUUGUACCGAUAAAGAAGCAUUUUAAGGAGUUAGAAGAUCUUGAACGAACCGACGAACAAAACCCAGUAAAACUGGCUAAUGUCGUUUUAAAAAUUGGUGAUCAUAUUCAUUCCAUUGUAGAUGUUUAUGCAGAUAAAGAAAAACGUAAUGCAUGGAAAAAUUAUCUAUGGGAAUUUGUUCAUAUCUUUUCAAAGAAUUCCACUGAAGAACUACGACAUAUCUACAGACAUGCUGUGAAACGUCGAUUAAAAGAACAACGAAGAAAGACAAACGAUGUCGAUUUCGAUUCUUCACCAAAACAACAUCAUAGGAAUUCAUUACAUAACAGUAGUAGUACUAAAGAUUAUCUUGAAACAACAUCAAAUCAUCACUCAUUAAAUCGUGAUUACUACAAUAAUAAUAAUAAUAAUAAUAAUAAUAAUGCUUCAUCAUUUCGACGAUAUCAUACAAAUAGGUUAUCAUCGCAUGACCGAAAUGAUCGUCAUGAACAGCAUAGUGGUUACAGUCUUGGUGGACAGAAUAAAUAUAAUAAUAUUGAUUGGUCUUCUUCAUCUACCACAAGUUCACAUAAAGAAUUCAGUCGAGAUAGGAACAACAAUAGUUCACGUUUCGAUAAUGCUUUUAAUCGUCCACCAGGUCAAUCGAAUAUGAGACAUCACAAAGAAAGUGGAGGUUUUGCUUCGCAAAUGUAUUCUUCACCUUGUGUUCCCCCUAGUCAUCAUCAUCAUCAUCAACAACAACAAAAACAACAACAUAAUUCCGGUGUUUAUUCUUCUGUUCGUUAUCCUCGGACUAAUUGUUCAUUAAUAGAUAAUAUGACAACUACUUCUUCGCCUAAAAUGGAAACACACAAAUAUACCUCAUAUCAUCCACCUGUAUUAUCAUCAUCAUCUUGUUUGUCUGAUUCAGUUAUCUCUACUACCAUCACUACUACCAAAGCAUCAUCACAUUUCUCGUCUGUAGAACAGUGUCUUCUUCCACCACCACCACCACCACCUCCGCCCCUUUUGCAACAAUACACAACUAGUCAAUUGUCACGUGAUCCUCGACUUACUUCAACGAGAAGGUGAUGCUUGUGAUAAGUUGCGGUCAGACAGAAAUCGAAUAGUGUACAGUAAAUAAACGAUUAUGUACAAUGUAAAGUAUAUAUAUUUAUAUAUACAUAUACUGUAUAAUCUUUAUCACUUUUCAACUUGUACUUAUUAUUCUUCUUAUUAUUACUAUUUUCCUGUAAAAAAUGCAAACCCAGAAAAGAUUUAAAUGCAUUUC